UUUUUGCUUAUCACUUUGCAAAAGGAACUAUAAACUAAAAACACUAGUCGUCUGUCGACAUUUUAAAUAGAAUCAAACAUCAAAAAAAAACAACUGUUUCGUUAUAUGUCAUUUAGUUUUAUAAUCAGCUCUAUCCUACAUACUUUGCGAAUUAUAGUACACACGGAAACAAAUUUUUGUGUGCUGAAAUCUCCUACUAAUCAAACCAGUAGUUCAUCUCUUCGAGCAUACUGUCGGUGAAUGAAAAUCAGAACCAAUGUUGACAUUCUAUCACUCUUCCUCUACCUGGCCCUGUUCCUUGAAGGAAAGUCUUUGAGGUUUUUGUGCUAUAUCCUUACAGUUUUAAUUAUAUGUAUACAUCCUUAACCACACACUACUGGUAUGGUAAAAGUAAAGGUCAUCUGAUUCUGUGGCCUACGGUUAACGAGGGUGUCAUGUGGCCAGCACAACGACCAAUCGCCAACUAAUGUCAGGCAUCCAUCAGAGCAGGGGUGGACUUAGAGGCGCCCGAAGAUCCCGAAAUUAUAAAUCCCAGUUUUCACCAGGACUCGAACCCCGGACCCCGGUUCGGAAGUCAAGCGCAUUACCGCUGAGCCAACGCGCCUAUUACUAUUGAGAUGAAUAUAUUUUUACUUUUAAUAUACAUGACAUGGAACAAUGUGACGUCGUCGCCAAUUAAAAUUAACGAUAAAGAUUGUACGGAAUAUUUGCCCCAAGCUCCGGACCAUGACGAUGCCUGCAAAUGGGAUGACAGCUAUGUCGAAGAAACCUUCAGAGCGGAUCAGGUGGAAGGCUUGAAUACACCAUCACUGAAACACUCAUUUGGAAAUGUUGAUAGUGUUUUAUGUGAGGACCAGGAUAUGGUUUUCAGCACAGGCCAUACUGUAACGCACGAUCAAUGUACAUGUGUCAAUACAUCUUGUAACUGUACUGGAAUCGGUUUGAAAAAGGUUCCUAACAAUCUUCCACAAAAUAUUCAGAAACUGAGACUCAAUUACAACGUCAUUGCAGGGUUGCCAAACUGUACAUUCUGUAGCUACUCUCAGUUGAGUUAUUUAGACUUGUCUUUCAAUAAUUUGACUCAACUUCAAGUUGGCUCGUUUUGGGGUCUUGCAAAUUUGAUUUUGCUAAAUCUGAAGAACAAUAGCCUGCUUUACUUUAAAGACACAUUCCCAAACGGCGUGUUUUCUGAUUUAGUUAAACUCAGAUGUUUGAAGCUACACAGAAAUCUACACAGCCAUCAUCUAAGAGGCUUUUAUUUUCCCGAUGAAAUUUUGGCUAAUCUGACCAACUUAAAGAGUCUUUAUUUAGAUGGAUUUGAUUCCUUGGUUUUUGGUGAAACUUUUAGAAAAUUAACCCAAUUGAAAACUUUAGAUUUAUCUCGAGGCUAUUGUAGAAUUAAGUCGCUUAGUAAAAGUGCCUUGUCUAACAUCUGUCAGAUAAGUAAACUGAAUCUAAGUAAAUGCGAGCUUCAAGGACAUACUCUUAGGGAUGAAGUAUUCAAGCCGUUGGUUAACUUGAAACUUCUGGAUAUUAGUUUCAACACAGAUCUUGGUGUCAAAACUGUCAUGUCUGCUUUGAAAGAAAUUCGUAAUUACAACAUAACUACAUUGAUAAUGAACUAUAUAGUGUCUUCGUUUUCGCCAGCGAUAUGCAUCACUAAAGAUAUAGUAGAAAGUCUACCGCCAUCUUUAAUUUAUCUUGAGGCACAGGGCAAUAACUUCGAGUCUAUUGAAACUGGUGCUCUUGAGUUGCUUCCCCCUAAUUUGACCUACAUUAUCGUUGGGGCAAAUAGAUUUCUCUAUGGAGAGUAUUUUAAUGAGCUUUAUACACUGAAGAGUGUCAAAGUACUUAAACUGAAUGGGGGCGCUUAUUUACCAAACAUUCCAUUGUACGUUACACACCCAGCAGACGACACUCAGUGCUCCUCAACACAGAAGACAUUUACAAGUUCAAGGCCACUUAUAAUCACUCUCCCGCCAAAUUUACUAUGUCUUGAUUUGAGAUUCACUGGUCUACGGUACCAUCUGACGGAACUCACCUUCAAUACGAGUAACUCUCUCGAAUCUUUGAUUUUUUGUAAUAAUUAUUUCCCUUUACUUAGGGGUCCUAUUAAAGGGUUAUCAAAACUUCUGAAGCUAUUUAUAAGUGACAGCAAUGUCAUUGACAUAGAGCCACAAAUGUUUGAACAUCUUCAAUCGUUACAGGAACUUACGCUCCGAAACGACCAGCUGCAAUUUUUUUUUGAACACAACAUCAACCAGAAAGUGUUUAAACACUUAAAAAACCUUACAAUUAUCGACUUGUCCAAAAACUCACUGACGUUGGUUCAGAAGAAUAUUUUUGAAGGCCUCGAUCGUUUGAAACACAUCGAUAUGCAUAAGAACAACAUGUGGACAUUUAACGUGAGUAUUGUGAAUAUGUUCAACCUUAGCUUGCUUAAUUUGAGUCACACCCAGCUGAGCACUCUCCCCCUAGAGACACGCCAACAUAUUGACCAAUUGCUGACCAAUCAUUCUGUCGUUGUCGACUUGUCUUUCGCGCCGAUCCAGUGCGUCUGUACAAACAUUGACUUCUUGAAGUGGAUGACCAGUUCCAGAGCUUUUGAUGCCAGCUUCACCAACUAUAUGUGUCAGUACGAGAACACGUCAGUGGCGGUGUAUGUAACUGACGCCUACCAGGAGACGUUGCAAGAACUUGAUAGAAAGUGUGCUGACCACUCCAUCCUCUUCCUGGUGGUCACCUCUGCUACUUUUUGUAUGGUCUCCUUCGUGAUAGCAGCAUUGCUGUACAGGUUUCGCUGGAGACUGAGAUAUUUAUAUUACGCCGCCUACUUGAUUGUGAAAGGUCAAACAAAAAACACUGCUAAAUCUGAACAGUUUCACUAUGACGUGUUUAUUUCCUAUGCUUAUAAGGAUGAGGACUUCAUUCUAUGGAGCCUUGUACCAGAGUUGACUGAACGGAAGUUGUCAGUCCUGGUCCAUGGACGAGACUUUGCUGUGGGGGAAUUCAUCGCUUCCAACAUUGUGACUGCCGUCAAAGAGAGCCGGAAAACUUUAGUGGUUCUCACACGAAAUCUUCUCAACAGCACCUGGUGUAACUUUGAAAUGCAGAUGGCCAACAUGGAGUCAGUCCACACAGGGCGUCCAGUACUUGUGUUUCUCAUUAAAGAAUCCAUUCCUACAGCAGAGCUGACCUCUGACCUCUUGUAUCACUUAAAUAAAAAUACGUAUAUUGUCUACCCACAAGGGGAGGUCACUGAUGUGUUUUGGGACAAACUGGCCAGGGAUCUUUUGCAAUCUUAAG